GUAUGAGAUCUCUGAGCUAGUCCUGGGCAGCCACGUCAAGAAAACUUAAUCGAAAAGAAAUACGUUCAGAAUAUUUUUUCGAGUGCUACGCAAUAGCAUAGCGGCGCCGAGACAGAACGGAGCAUCACUGGGAUUCUACUGUGCAGAUCGGACCUUAUUUCGGACUGUGUCAAGAACUGGGGGUAGACAGAAUUGAGCCAACUCAAAGAUGUCAGAUAUCGGAGACUGGUUCAAAAGCAUCCCUUUCAUCACCCGGUGGUGGUUCGCUGGGUCGGUUGCUAUACCGCUCGUAGGAAAGCUUGGUUUAAUAAGUCCCAUGUACCUCGUUUUAUGGCCGGAGUUUUUCUUCAGCAAAUUUCAGAUAUGGAGACCAGUGACCUCAGCACUCUAUUUUCCCGUUGGCCCUGGAACGGGAUUUCUGUAUUUGGUCAACCUGUAUUUUCUGUACCAAUAUUCCUCCAGGCUGGAAACGGGUGCUUUUGAUGGAAGGCCUGCAGACUACAUAUUCAUGCUGCUGUUCAACUGGAUUUGUAUCGUUAUAACAGGACUAAUAAUGGACAUGCAGCUCUUGAUGAUUCCUCUGAUUAUGUCGGUGCUGUAUGUCUGGGCCCAGCUCAACAGAGACAUGAUCGUGUCCUUCUGGUUCGGAACCAGAUUCAAGGCAUGUUAUCUUCCUUGGGUCAUUCUGGGAUUCAACUACAUCAUUGGUGGCUCCUUUGUGAACGAGCUGAUUGGAAACCUGGUGGGCCACCUCUACUUUUUCCUCAUGUUCAAGUACCCCAUGGACCUGGGUGGCAGAUCCUUCCUCUCCACUCCCCAGUUCCUGUACCGCUACUUCCCAAGCAGACGAGGAGGAGUUUCGGGCUUUGGGGUCCCGCCCCCCAGCCGGAGACCAGCAGCCCCCGAACAGGGUGGGGUUGGAGCGGGACGUCACAACUGGGGGCAGGGCUUCCGGCUGGGGGAUGACUGAGUAGGUUCCGCCCCUUCCCUGGAGUAAAGACUAGGAGUAUCCCCACGUACCCGGACAUUAUUUGACACAUGGGUCAUUUACUUUUUCGUUUGGAAAACAGACUCGUUCAGCUGUGACGUCACGGCCAGCGGACUUUUUUUGUAUGCUCUCCAAUGACGUAUCGUAUUACAGUGUAAUUAAUGACUCUUCCUGUGUGUGUACAGGCAAGCUCUCCAGAAUGCAUUUUGGGCUGUAAUCUGUAUUAAAAACAUUUUGGAAGAAAUCCUUGCUGCUACUUGCCCUGAGUCUUAAGGAAAUAUGAGUUCACUGUGAGAGGCAAUGGAAAGAAAGCUCUAUACUACGCAUACUCAGUAAUUACAUUUUUGUGUGUUCUCCUCCAUGCUGUUGUAGUAGGUUAUGUCACUUUUUUGUUUUUACUUGAGUGGGGAAUGAGUAUUUCAUGAAAUAGUCUAAUUCAAAAGAAAUGCUGUGUGUAGUCUACCAUAAAGUAAUUUAAGGGAAAGUCUUUUGCACAGUACAUGUCAGUAUCACUACAUUACUUCAGGCUGGAAGCAUCCAGGUCAGCGAGUUGGCUUUGUAUGCUACUGUUGGGAUAUCCAGUUAACACUCAUGAGGUUUCAUUGACCAGUAGCAGAGGGGAGGAAAAACAUGUUAAGCGUGCCAUACUGUCAAUAUGCUGGCAUACCUUCAUGGUUUAAAAAUGACACGGAACCACCUGAAAUAAAAUUAGGUAUAGGAGAAUAAUGUGAUAGAAACAGUAUUUUGCCAGUCUAAGGGAAGAUAUGGUUGACUUUUUCCCUUUUAGCAUAACCUUUCUGUCACCCAAUUUUUAACUGUUCAAAACAAACAAACAAAAAAAACUGCUUGAUGUUACUCUUGUAGUCAUAGAAGGAUGUGUAAAAUUUGCUUUCUUUUCAUUGGACUGGUUUGUUCAGGUUGUAGGGCAGCAUGCAAUAUUAAGAUAUUAAGAUUAAGCACACACACAGCUUGGCCGUUUAUCAUGCGUAUGUGGUCAGACAGGAAGGGUGAAGGUAGCGGAUGGAAAAUAUGCAAGCACCUUGCUUUCUAUAAAAUCAUCAAAUGCCAAUACUAACACAGCCUUUUGAGUUGUUCCUUCAGCCUGUAUACC